CCGGCGGCCAUGCAGCCCCGGGGUUGAGGCCGCCCCAUGGCAAAGCCGGCGGUCCCGGCGACGACGGCGCAUGGAGAACUUCCGUAAGGUGCGCUCCGAAGAGGCGCCAGCGGGGGGCGGGGCCGAGGGGGGCGGCCCGGGCUCUGGCCCCUUCGCAGACCUGGCGCCCGGCGCGGUGCACAUGCGGGUCAAGGAAGGCAGCAAGAUCCGGAACCUGAUGGCCUUCGCCACCGCCAGCAUGGCGCAGCCAGCCACGCGCGCCAUCGUCUUCAGCGGCUGCGGCCGGGCCACCACCAAAACCGUCACGUGCGCCGAGAUCCUCAAGCGCCGCCUGGCGGGCCUGCACCAGGUCACGCGGCUGCGCUACCGGAGCGUGCGCGAGGUGUGGCAGAGCCUCCCGCCUGGGCCCACGCAGGGUCAGACGCCUGGCGAGCCGGUCGCUAGUCUCAGCGUACUUAAGAACGUGCCCAGCCUCGCCAUCCUACUUUCCAAGGACGCGCUGGAUCCGCGACAGCCCGGCUACCAGCCCCCGAACCCCGAUCCUGGUCCGUCGUCCCCGCCAGCCGCGCCAACGUCCAAGAGGAGCCUAGGGGAACCCGCAGCUGGAGAAGGCUCCGCGAAGCGAUCGCAACCCGAGCCAGGGGCUGCGGACGAGGAUCGGACGGCCUAAAACUCCGGACUGUGGGCGGGAUCUUCCGCCAGCGCCUCCACCCUCAAAUGCACCUCCAGCCUUUCACUCCUCGGUCCUCCGGAACCCACAACCUGGACACAGCUCCUCAAGGCAGGUAGCAUGGACCUUAAGGCGACAAGAGAGGGGCCCCAGAAGUGGCAAGAGAGGAUCCCCGACGACCUUAGGGAAACUUCG